ACGGUUUGGUUCGGUUUGGUUUGUCUCACCUACAUUUUCAUCGAUUGCAGCAUAGUUGAAAUACACAGUAGCUGACACGUGCCAGAUAAAACGCACCGCUUUGAUUGUUUGUUUGUUCCUUCUUGUUCCCCGAGCAGAAAAAAAAUCGAAGGAAGAAGAAGAGUUGUUUGAUUUUCUGAGGAAACUGUUUGCUUCUAGAUCCGAUCCGAUCCAAAUCGAAAAUCACCAGAUUUUUUUGAUCAGUCGAAUUUUUGAGAUCGAAACAUUGAAUUGAAGAAGAUGAGCGACGUAUUUGAAGGGUACGAGCGCCAAUACUGCGAGCUCUCAACCAAUCUCUCCAGAAAAUGUCACUCUGCAUCGGUUCUCUCCGACGGAGAAGAGAAGAAGGGGAAGAUUGCUGAGAUUAAGUCUGGAAUAGAAGAAGCUGAUGUCUUGAUCCGGAAAAUGGAUCUUGAGGCUAGAAGUUUGCAGCCGAGUGCUAAAGCUGUGUGUCUUUCUAAACUAAGAGAGUAUAAAUCUGAUCUGAACCAAUUGAAGAAGGAAUUCAAACGAGUCUCGUCCGCAGAUGCUAAGCAGUCUUCUCGUGAAGAAUUGAUGGAAUCGGGAAUUGCAGAUCUGCAUGCAGUAUCUGCUGACCAAAGAGGAAGAUUGGCAAUGUCAGUGGAGAGGCUUGACCAAUCCAGCGACCGAAUCAGGGAGAGUAGAAGACUAAUGCUGGAGACAGAAGAGGUUGGCAUCUCAAUUGUCCAAGAUUUGAGUCAGCAACGACAAACCCUCCUUCAUGCGCACAACAAGCUUCAUGGUGUGGAUGACGCCAUUGACAAGAGCAAGAAGGUGUUGACGGCUAUGUCAAGAAGAAUGACAAGGAACAAGUGGAUUGUUACUUCGGUAAUCGUGGCUCUCAUUCUCGCCAUCAUUUUGAUCAUCUCAUACAAACUUUCUCAUUAAUAUACUAAAAAAACAUAAUUCAUCGUGAUUGUGUGUAUAUAUGAUGGUUGAUUCCUUUGUAAUGGCCCAAGUGUUUACUUGUAUUUCAAGUACGAUGUGUGUAUUGAAGUGGCAACACUUUAACAUUCAUAAUUAAGAUUUCCCAAGUCUUUA